UUGAAACUUGAAAGUAACAUCUAAAAUUGACUAAAUAAAUUCAGAGUUUGAUACGAAGUAGGUAUUGAUUAUUUUAUUUCAGUAGAAUUACCGCCCUCGGUACCUUAAUAAACAAUGAGUGGCACAGGAGAACAAUUAACAUUAGCACGGGACAUAAAAAGAGCAAUAGAGUUGCUAGAAAAAUUGCAGCAGACUGGUGAAGUUCCAGCUACCAAAUUAGCUGCUCUACAGAAGGUUCUUCAAAGUGAUUUCCUUAACGCUGUGAGAGAAGUAUACGAACAUGUGUAUGAAACAGUUGAUAUUCAAGGAUCUGCAGAUAUUCGCGCAUCAGCCACUGCCAAAGCAACAGUUGCUGCAUUUGCGGCAGCAGAGGGUCACGCUCAUCCCCGUGUUGUUGAACUACCAAAAACAGAGGAAGGUCUUGGGUUUAAUGUAAUGGGUGGUAAAGAACAAAAUUCUCCAAUCUAUAUAUCAAGAAUUAUUCCUGGAGGUGUUGCAGAUCGACAUGGAGGCUUAAAACGAGGUGAUCAAUUACUGUCAGUAAAUGGUGUGUCAGUUGAGGGUGAAAAUCAUGAGAAAGCUGUAGAACUACUGAAACAAGCUGUUGGCUCAGUAAAACUUGUUGUUAGAUACACACCAAAGGUUCUAGAGGAAAUGGAGAUGAGAUUUGAUAAGCAAAGAACUACCAGACGUCGUACAAACUUUAAUUAGAUUUAUCAUAAACAUUGUGUAUUCAUCAUGACAUUGUAGCAGUAUUAAGUUUUAACUUUAUUUUGAAUUAUUUAAUAUUGUUAAAUUAUUAUUAAUUAGUAGUAAUUAUUAUUAUUCUUAAAGGAGCUGUUAUAGGAGAGGUUGGUAGAGUGCCUGUCAAUAUUAGAAAUCUUCGAUUGAAAUGGUUAUACUUAUAAUUAUAUUUCAUUUAUACUAUUGUUUAUGUGGUAGACUAUGAAAUAAAAGACAUACCUAGAGA